AUACAUACAUGUGUAUAUAAUUAUGAAUAUUAUCUGCAUUUCUCUCUCAUCAGCAGUGUUGUCAUUCUCUCUCCUAAACUUUAUGAAACUUUUUUAAAACUUUGCUUCCUUUUUCACAAGCAAAGCCUGAAACACAACAAAACAUAAAUAGGGUUUCAAGAACUCAACUAUAGCUCUUAACUUUGGAUUGAUUUGGGGCAUUUAUGAAAUACCCAUUUGUUAUUUCACUCGGUUCCCUCAGAGUUGGUGAUAUUGUUUUAUGAUGCUGAGUCAAUGGUGCUGGAGAUGGAGAAUUUUUCGGAAUCUUGGUGAUGGGUUUAGGUAGUAGGAUUUUUAGAUCUUGUAGAUUUAGCAGUUGACAUUGGGGGGUUGAAGUGAUUUCAAGAAUUCGAGAUGAUGGAGGAUAUUGGGCUUGUUAGUCAAGGGUGGAAAUGGUUACAAUCAAAGAAGCAUUUUUACUCGGUUGCCCAAACUUCGGCUACUUGUUUCAGGGACAAAAUAGGGAUUUUCUUUGAGCGGCAUUGGCCAGUGGUUUGUUGUGUUUGUGCAAGAAUAGCGACGGUUCUGCAUUUCUUGUUGAUUCAUUGGAAGGAUUGUUUUGUUCGGGGAUUUUGGUCUUUUGUUGGGCUAGGUUCAGCAGCUUUGCUUGUUAUAAUGUGGAGCUGCUUUAUCAGUUUGACAUCUAUGUCUUGCCUUGUCUACGCACUUCUUAGUAUGGGGGUUGCUGGGGUUGCCAUCCAAUAUUUGGGUUACACUCCUGGAAUUUUUAUUGCAGGGCUCUGUGCUAUAUUAGUUUUGUGGAUGUAUGCUAACUUUUGGAUCAUGGGUACAUUAUUUAUAGUUGGAGGUUAUUUGUUUUCCUUGAACCAUGCUCGCUUGGUUGUCUUAAUUGCUACUAUCUAUGCCCUCUAUUCUGUAAAGGUUCGAGUAGGAUGGCAUGGUGUUGUUGUAUCAAUAAGUCUCUCCUUUCUCUCUAAUGACUUGUUAAAUUAUGUCCUUCAAUGGUGUGAUAAUUUGCGUGAAAGCACGCACUUUGAGGAGAACAAAGAAUCAGUGCCAUUCAGUGAUGACGACUUUGUGGAAGAUUGCGACUAUUCUACUCCUACUGACGAAGAUGAAAAGGUUCAGUCUUCUAAAUCUUCUAGCACUAAAUCAUCACCGAGCACAACUACUCCCACCCCACCUGUUGUCAAAAAGCAUACGGAAACUUCUGCUACUCAUAUCGUGAAAGAAGUGGUGAAUUCUCCGGAGGAGAUGAAAAGAAUUUUGGGAAGCUUGGAUCAUUAUGAAGCACUUGGAUUAUCUCGAGUCAAUAAAAUUGAUGCUCUUCUGUUGAAGAAGGAGUAUCGGAAAAAGGCCAUGCUUGUGCAUCCUGAUAAAAACAUGGGAAGCCCGCUGGCAAGUGAAUCAUUUAAGAAACUUCAAUGUGCAUAUGAGGUUCUUUCUGAUUCUACGAAGAAGCGAGAUUAUGAUGAACAACUGAGAAAAGAAGAAUAUAAGAGUGUUGCACAGAAAUCUCCUGAUAUUCCUCAUCAGGGUCGCUCGGACUACUGUUCUGAAGAGUCUAGACGUAUACAGUGCACUAAAUGUGGCAAUUCACACAUAUGGGUUUGCACCAAUAGGGCCAAGACAAUGGCAAGAUGGUGUCAGGAUUGCUGUCAGUACCACCAAGCUAAGGAUGGAGAUGGAUGGGUUGAAUACAGAGGUUCUCUAGUGUUCAAUCGGCCCCAAAAGGUGGAGAUUCCACGUGCAUUUGUCUGUGCUGAAAGCAAGAUAUUUGACGUAUCAGAAUGGGCUAUCUGUCAGGGAAUGGCUUGUAGACCAAAUACCCAUCGUCCAAGUUUUCAUGUAAACAUGGUUGGAUUGGAGAAAUCAAAUCAGAGAUCCAACUCAAGCAGAUAUCCUUGGGAUUUGGAUGCUGAGAUGAUGGAUGAAGAGGAAGAUUUUGAUAUUUGGCUUCAGCAAGCCCUUGCCUCAGGUUUAUUUUGUGAGACGUCGAAACAACGCAGAAAGAGCUGGAGUCCCUUCAAGUUACCCCAGAAGAAAGGAAAGAAGCCUUGGAAAAGAUCACCGUGAUUGUUACAGAGGUGAUCAUAACAAAUUUCACGUUUGCCUGGACCCGACAUCCUACAGCAGAGAUGUUAAAGAGACAAAAUUUGACUUGAACAGACGUCAUGUAUCAAAAUUUUUGGUCAUUCAUCAACCGGGAAGGCUGGAGAGCUGGAGAGUAAAAAUAACUAGUUUUACUCGGAUUACAAGCGGAUCAACAGCUUCUGUACAUAGUUGUGUUUCAUGUGAGUCGCGACAAGGCACUCCGUGUUGUGGGUACUGAGUUUUGUCAAUUUUUCCAAGGCAAGUUAACCUUGUUGUACAAAACUGUGCUGACACUGAUUUAUGUUGAAAUACAUUUUUCGGACUCGUUGAGUUGCUUUGAUAUGCAGUUAUAGCAAUAAAGAUAUGAGAAAAGAAAGAGUAUUCACAUUCAA